AUUCUUAGCAGCAGUAGCAUUGAACCUUCCUAGCCGGCAAACAAAAAAAAAAUUAAGUGAAGCCAUAACCACCCAAGUCGAAACUUAAAUUCACAUCUAAACGCACAAUCUACAACAACGCCUUUAGCUCAAGUAAUCAGGAAGUCGCAAAUCACACAAUAUGUCUAACCUAGCCGCGGGCGACGCCCAGCUUUUCGAGGACACGUUCACAGUGACGGAGCACGACAGCGCGAAGUACGAUCGCGUAGCGCGUAUCACCGCCACCUCGACGGACAACCAGACGACGAUGUCUCUCGACAUCAACAGUGAGCUGUUGCACAUCCGCGCCGGGGUUAACAUCGAGGUGCUUCUCGCUACUAGCCUCAGCCUCGACGGGAUCAAGGAUGAGGAAGAGGAGAAAGGAUGGAGACAUGUGCGUGGCGAGAAUACGCUUGCGGAUAUGUACGAUUACGUGUGCUAUGGCAAGAUCUACAAGUUCGAGGACGGGGUUGAUGGACAGACUAUUCGCGCGUACAUAUCAUUCGGCGGACUGCUGAUGCAGAUCGAGGGUCCAUACAAGAAGUUAACUCCGUUGCGCGUCGAGAACGCCUACCUCCUGAUCAAGAAAUGAUCCAUCAACUACACGUAACUCACCUCUCACCAACGACUUCACGGCAGAUUACGAGUUGGUGGGAAUUCGAUUUCGGAAGGCGCAGGCGUAAAAGGGGUCCAUCAUUGCAUGUUACGGUUACGGCUUCA